UUGUGUGAGAUACCUGUCAUUUGAAUAGUUGCACCAUGGCCACAACAUGCAUCUCAAAGCAAGCAUUCUGGCCUUUUUCCAGGCAGUCCUUUCCCCACCCUCUCCACUUUGUGAAGUGAACUAACCGGAAGAAAAGUUAGAGGAGGUCAGCCAAUAGCUUUUUCUCUUCCUUCAAUGAUCAAGUUCUGGAGUUGAGCUCUAAAAUGGCACUGUGGAUUGCUAUAAGAUCAGGUUCUUUCUGCACUAUGUGAGUUGAGAUCCUUCAAAGAUGUUCCUUGAGAAGUUGAGGGCCUUAAACCAUUUCUGCUUCAUCAUGAAAGGUACCUUGCAAUGAUUAUCCAAUGGCAAAAUGGAAGAGUUGGUUUGAUCGUGUGAAGAAGCUCCUCAGCUUUGAGACCAAAUCAAAACCAGAGAGGAGGGGGAGGAGAAGAAGAUUGCUUUUUGGAAGGCUCAAAUCCAGAUGCCCACCUGUUCUUCCAGCUUCAUCAUCACUGAAGGCAACAUCACUCAGAGAAGUAGAAGAAGAGCAGAGCAAGCAUGCAUUGGCUGUUGCUGUUGCAACUGCAGCAGCUGCUGAGGCUGCUGCUGCUGCUGCUCAGGCAGCUGCCGAGGUUGUCCGACUCACAGGAACUCCAUCUUAUCAUAGAAGUCGACAAAUUGCAGCCAUCAAAAUUCAGACCGCCUUCCGUGGAUAUCUCGCAAGGAGAGCUUUAAGAGCACUGAAGGGCCUGGUUAGGCUUCAAGCUCUGGUCCGUGGUCAAGCAGUGAGGCGUAAGACAGCCAUUACUCUCAGAGGUUUGCAGUCUCUUAUGAGGAUUCAGUUACUGACCUGUGCUAGUAGAGUGAGGAUCACCGAGGAUCAUCAGGCUUGUGAUGGCAAAGACCUUGUCCAUAGGAAACCAAAGGAUACUGAAGAUAUAAAAACAAUGCUUCAAGAAAGCAAUGAGAGAAGGUGGGAAGGAAGCAUCUUAUCAAAGGAAGAGGUUGAUGCCAUGCAGAAAAGCAGGCGAGAGGCUGCGCUAAAGCGAGAGAGAGCAGUAGAAUAUGCAUCAGGCCAUCAGGAGAGGCUAAAUGCAAGAAGGCCAACAACUCCAUCAUCUAAAGAACUAGACUUUGGAGAUCUGAACCAUAGAUGGAGCUGGCUAGAGCAAUGGGUUGGCUCACAGUCAUUGGAAAAGGACAUUCCUGAGGUUGAUCCAAGUCCAGAUGAAAAACUCGAUCAUCAGGAGCUUGGCAUUCUAGAUUCACCAAUCUGUUUAGAUUCUGACAACAAAGAUAAGGCAGAAGAAACACAGCUCAGAUACUUAGCCAGGAGAUCAUUUAGCAGGUCGGGACGAGCUUCUACGAGAAACGAUGAUUCCUUCUCGAUCUCCCCUUCAUUUCCAAACUACAUGGCAUCAACAGCAUCAGCUAAGGCAAGGUUUAGAUCAUUGAGCACACCGAAACAGAGGAUAGGAAUGACUGACAUUUGUUUUGAUCUGUGUUCCCCCCAUAGGAAUAGAACACUCUCACCUUUCCCUUCCAUCAUCAGUGAUGCAAGCCUCAGCAAGACCAGCAGACCUUCAGUGUUUAAUCAGAGAUCACCACGCUUGAAAGGUCAUACAGUUCCUGUCAAAAUUCAGAAGUCCUCUAAAUACCUUAGCUUCGACUCUGGAUGCUCAUUGCUGAAUUGGGAUCGACGUGAUGCCUUUAGGUGAAACUUCAUGUGAGAGUGCCGCAAAUAACAAGUUUUCAGUUUGUUUUCUUUGGUACAUUUUAUUAUCGUUGUGGAUCAGAAUUCUCUCCUGAAAGUUUCUUGAAAGUUUUGCAUGGGUGUGGUUUGGGAUUGCAGCUACAUAGACUGCAACUAAGGUUUGCAUCUAAUGCACAAAGCAGUGGAUAAUGUGGACAAAGUGAACUGGAAUAAGAAAGCCUUGAAUUCGAAUUGUUUAACUAUGUUACUGGAUACUCAUUCCUUUACCCUUCUGUGAAAAACAAAAUUGUUUUGUUUUCAGCCAAAAUCACCAAUUGGGUGUAUGGUUUUGGAAGGUAUUUUACCUUAUCUAUUCCCUGUACAAACAAGCAUGCUAUUGAAUAUCUAGUAUUGGGGUAUCA